AUGGAAGGGAGUGAGAGCGAGGCCGUCUUCGACACGUUCAGUCUCAAGCCGCAACUCUUCAUCAACGAAGUGCUGAACAUCGUCGACGAUCUCGUCGAUGACGCCUUCGACUUCUGCAAGGAGUAAUAGAUUCCGAACUUGGCUUAUCAUGCUGCCGUUACUUUUGUUGCUACCGUUUCUAUCGGCAUUACGAGAAAUCUGCAUCGCUGAUACGAGUCGAUGGUGUGCUGAUUCCUCAUAGGCAUGCUUCUGCUCUCGUGAGCGGUGACGGGGACGCAGAUCGGUCCCAGGAACUACUCCGGGUAACUAAUUGUUUCGACCGAGCUCCACCAACUAUCCCUUAACUCUCUGUUUUUAGUGUGGAGUUUUGCUUGCUGGAUCAGGUUCUCGCUCUUUUCUGUCCUGUAUUCUGUAUCUUCCUGUCACAGAGCGUCCUCGUCUGACAGGGCAGGGUCGGUUACAUUUAUGCCAAAGAGCAUCUGUCGAAGGGGCAUAUCUUAGUCCAAAGUUUACGGUCUAAUUAUAAUUUUCCUCUCUGCACAUUUAGACGGAAAGUUGAAAGCUGAGCCUUACGAGCUGGCAUCUGAAAUCAUUUGUCCAGAAAAUUUCGAAACCGAGUCUGCAUUUUUUGGUAGCUACUUCAUUCGGAAUAGGUUUUCUAAAAGAGAGGGAGAAAGAAAAAAUUUCCAGGCCUCGUUUGAGCUUAUACUGAAAAUCAUAAAGUCCAUGGAUCGGGUUGCUACCGUGUCCAAUUUUUUAUUUUUAAGAUGAAAUACUUAUCGUGUGGUGUCAUCAUAUUUCUCAAGUCUUAUGAAAAAUCUGUAAAAAGUUAAAUUUUGGUUUUGUGUUGUACUUCGAUCGCAGGGCAUUUCGUCCCUUCGUCAUAUGACUCAAGCAACCUUGAACAAACGAUUGGGUUUGUGGGAGAGAUAUUGCCUUCUACAUUGUUUCUCUGUCCCCGAGGGAUUCUCAUCUGCCAAAGAUGUAGGUGCUCUGAAUAUUGACUUCAUUGAAAGCACUAUUAACCUUUCUUCUUUUAUUUUGGUUGCAAUCACAUCUUCUAUUCCAUGCUUAUUGAUUGCUUCGGAGCUUCUCUGUGAAUUCUUCAAUUCAGACGCACAGAUGAUGCCCAUUAAUCUUAGUAUUAUACCCUAACGUUAUAAGGAGUAUUCCAUCUCAUUCGAUUUGUCACCAACCGUAGGACAAGGUUUGCAAUGAAAGGGAAACUUUCAAUGAGGAUUUUUUUGGGUGUUUUCAAACUCGCGUACGUUGAUUUGAUUCAUAUCUAGAAAGAACAACGCAAUGACAGACUUGAAAAAUAUCAGAGUUGGAUUGCUGUAUGGUUCUCUGCUGCUUUCUUCUAUCUUUAUUUUUGUCAUGGCUACUUUUCUUCCUUCUCUCCUCUGGAGGAAAGCAGACUGCCCUCUGUUUUAUGUCUUCCACAUAGUUGGAUUGUUUCAUCCUCUUGCCGAUUGUGAUAUUCAACUCUCUUACAUCUGAAUUAUAUUUCUCUAUUGCAUAAUAGUCUUUAGGCUCUGUUUGUGGUUCUGGCUCGUACCGAUAAAAGGGGGCAUUUCUGCCAAUUCAACAGAAGUUGGGUUGAAAUUGCUCAUGACAUUAAUAUGAGCCGGACAUCUUCUAAUUUAUGACACUUUUCUGAACCUAGAUUUUCAGGAUAAAAAAUAAAAUUCCUUGGAUUUCAUUAAUUUUUAACCUACCUCUCUAUUCUCCACGUCUGUAUAGUUGCAGUUGCACAUGUAUGCAUGCCUAGACGUGUAACCCGGUUGCUUGCCAGACAUAAAACUGAAGUACGAGAGUCAUCUGGAACAUAGUUUGGUUUUCCCGAAUGGUCGUGGUUUAUGUUUAUAUUUUUGAGACGUGUGUGCAUGCCAAGACGUGUGAGCUAGUUAUCUGCCAGACAGAAAACUGAAGUGUGAGAGUCACCUGGAACAUAGGUUGAUCUUCCCAAAGAGUGUGGUAUGUGUUUACAUUUCUGAAUUCUUUUGCGAGCCUACCAAAUGCUACAAAUUGGCAGAAUUGCAUGUACUAUGUCAUAUGUCAAUAUGUUCCCACGUUCUCUGUGAUUUCCUUCUACAAGCUCAGACGGUUCACUUUUUUUAUUCAAUGUCGUGUUCUUGUGUAGAUAAUUUUACUUUCGAAAGCUAAUUGUAUGCCACAACUUUCAUUUGGUUUUAAGGAUUAAUUUCAUUUGCAUCUAAUAUCUAUUUACUUCAAGUAAAAUUUCCAUCAAAGGGUGAGCCAAAGAGUGGCUUUUCAGAGCUCUUUGGAUUAUUUAUCAUUGAACGAGGAAGGAGCAUGUUUCACUAUAUUCAUAAGUAUAAAAUAUAUCUUUCCAUUAUGCCAUUGACUGUUAAUAAUGAGACCUUAGUCUAGUGUGAUUUAACUUGUUGGUGCUCCACAAUUAUGCUGGAACAAGGAGUUCGGUUGUUUUGAGCAACUUUCUUGUGGUGGUGAUGAGAAAAUUUGCUUGGGUAAUCGACCAGUUAUCACAAUCUGCAUCUCAAACUUGA